AUGCAAACAUCAGACUCAAAGCGUGUCAAGAAGCCAUGGACUGAGCACAGUAGCCUCGUGCAGAUGCGUUACCGACGGAAAGGCACACUGCAGCGUAUGCUGCAUAGCUAUUUUGAUGACUGUCGCUGCAAAGGUGUCUACCUCCUCAUCCAUGAAGACAACCGUGAGUGCCAUGCGUACAGCCCUGGAAAGACGUAG